GUUCAUCAUAUUUGUUUGAACUGUACCUGCGCCUUGGACCUGCGCAAUACCUGUCACGUGAUAAAUCCAGACCCGACAUCGAUUUUACUUUCAUGUACUCGUCUUUCGCCUCUAGUUAUCUCGUAGUGACUUGGUAUCAUUUUUGUCAUUGUUACGGAAAAACAAUACUGAUUCGUGUCAUUUGUUCGUGAAAUAUGAUUACUUAUUAAAACAACAUACGAUAUUUCAAUAAAAAUUAGUGCUACAAGAAUUUAAUAAUGGAGAAUACUACAAUAUUCACUUUACCCGAUGAACUUAUAUUUAUCGUUUUAAAACAUGCCAAUGUUCGAGAUGCUAUUAAUUUCAGUGCAACUUGUAGACAUUUUCACAAUUUAGUGAAGAGUAACCAGAGCUUCUGGGCAUAUAAAUUCAAAGGAGUGUUGCCAGGUAUCUCCGAAGUUGUUGACCAGUAUGGUAGUGGUGUUUGGCUAAAUGACUUAAAGACCUUUUUGGUCCAAAAACGAAGUGUUUGUAAAGAGUUAUUAGAAUUGUCUCCUAGACAUUACUGGAAAGUCGGUCAAUUUUCACUGAAAGAUGUGACACAUUUCUUCCAAGUAUCAUCCAUUACCAACCUCGGUUUCUACUAUACCAUUUCCAUACUGCAGAACAUAAUCAGAAUUGGUUAUAAAAACAUGCUUAAAUUUAAAACAGCAAAGCCAAAUACAUUAACUGAAAUGCAUUAUGCAAAAUGUGUGCUCAGUCACAUGUUACACUGCUAUCUGACUGUGAAGUGGAUUAAAAAUCAAAUGAUUCAAGAAACACCUCCAGAAAUUGUCUUAAAUUUCAUUGUGCAGUGGAUUGAUAAUGAGAACUUCCACUUUUUCGAUGAUGUCAACCAUAUAUUGCAGGUUUGGGCCGAAAAAGUUAAAGAACAUUUGAAAAAUGCCCAUCCAGAACAACUAGAAGAGAAUGCUGAGGGGAAAUACACCUCUGGUCAAAUUUUUUCUGCCGUUUCCACGGUCCUGUUCAACCAGAACCGUAUUACUAUGACUACUUCAGCGAACUUGGAUACCCUUGAUGUAGUAAAGGUGUUGAAAAACAAAGUUGGAAAUCAAAUCGCGGUGUACGCUAUUUACCAAGCCAUAGCCAGCCGCUGCGUUAGAAUUUACACAUUUGUUACAGAAAAUCUGGUGCCCGUCAAUCGCCCGAACCGUUUGCUCCACCUGGAGGACUUGAUUAGCAAAGAAUUCAGUUACUUUGAUGGCUUCAGCUAUGUUAUGAAUGAAGAAAAGAGGAAGGAAUAUCCAGAGGAAGGGCCGAUCAUCCAGCAGCACCGACAGCGUUGCAUGGCUGUCGAAAAUUAUUAAACGUUACUGUGGAAUUUGAUUGCUGUGAUACUUAUGAUCACAAUUGUAGAAAAACUAUUGAGAAAAACAGGAAAAGAGGAAACUAUGUGAUGUCUUGGGAAAGAUCGGUUGAAAACGCGGCUCGAAAUAGAUGUUUCAAACGCAUUGUUAUAUGGCUGAGAAUGAAUGAAUGGACAUAUGUAAUGCGAGUGUCACAGCAACCAAAACCUACUGUAACAAGUAGUUUACAGUUAUAUCAACUGUACAGUUGAUAUAGUUUACGUUUACGUUUUCGCGCAUUAGUAAUGUAACCGCGCAAUCGUUUACUCUUGAUCUAACGGGCGCCUCUCCGCCUCGUGACGUCAUCAAUUGAGAGAGACAAAGACAAAAGAUGAAGACCGAUAUGGAGGAAUUUACUAGACCAGGCCCAGGCCCACCCGCGGCUGUAGUGCCUCUGACGAUGAUGUUGAUGAAAGACAAAAGAAUCUAAGCACAUAUGAUAUAUUAUUCUCGUUCUCGCUUCACUGGUUGACUUUAACGAACCGUUCACGACGCGGCGUGUUCGCUUCGAUGGCGGUCUCCCGAACUAGCAGUUUACGAGUACACUUGAAAUUAUACAUGUUUAAUCGAAAAUAUGAUAUUUAAAGAAUUAACAGUCUUAUAGAAAUCUCUAUGCAUAUGAUAAUCAAUAUUAAAAAUAUUUUCUUUCUCAUAUUAUAAGUCACUUUUAUUAAUAAAAGUAAAGGAGUUAGUCCAUCUACUACCCCCAGAUCUUUUCUCCCCUGGGGCUUACCGAUGUCUAAGUGGGGUACACUGGAAAUGUUUAAAUGGUACACUAUGUACAAUAAUGUAAUAAAAUGUAAACACACGCUGUUGUGUAGGAUGUCAGCAAUCACGGUAUAAUUUUUUUAAUUACAAGCUUUACACUUAUGACACAUUAUUUAUUUUAGGGGUAAAUAAGAUUUAAAAAAGUUGUCAUGCGUAAACGGGACAAAAACUACAAGCCGAUAGAAUUAAGAUUACCAUAGUUCCGGUUAUUGUUUGAAUUUUGAUCUUAAUUGCAAUACAAACUAUAUGAAAAUGUAUACUUUAACGUCGUGGCCGCUAAUAAUUAUCGGGGGGAAUAGAUGGACUAACAUAAAAAAAAGUUACCUGCAAAAAUAAUUCCUAAUCAUAGACCUCACAAACUUAUCUGGCCCAGUGACAAACUGUUCAGUUAUGUCUAAUAUAGAGCGUAGGAAGUGAUGUGCCGAGACAUGGAAAAACUGGCUACCCUACUGCACAGUCGCCCAUCGGGCCAGAUACGUUUGCUCCACGAUAAGUAGAUAUUUCUCUAAACUAUAUGUUGUAUUGUAGAGGGCUAUAAUAAAUAAAUAAAAACCACA